AGCUGACACUUAAUUAUGUCUGGACGUGGCAAGCAAGGCGGCAAGGCUCGGGCCAAGGCCAAGACGCGAUCUUCCCGCGCCGGUCUCCAGUUCCCCGUGGGUCGUGUCCAUCGUCUCCUUCGCAAAGGCAACUAUGCCGAGCGAGUCGGGGCCGGCGCGCCAGUGUACCUGGCUGCGGUUCUGGAGUACCUGACAGCCGAGAUCCUGGAGCUGGCGGGCAACGCUGCCCGCGACAACAAGAAGACCCGUAUCAUCCCGCGCCACUUGCAGUUGGCCAUUCGUAAUGACGAAGAGCUCAACAAGCUGCUGGGCAAAGUCACCAUCGCACAGGGCGGCGUCCUACCCAACAUCCAGGCUGUGCUGUUGCCCAAGAAGACUGAGAGCCACCAUAAGGCAAAGGGCAAGUAGAAGUCGGGAUCGAUUUGCAGUAACCCAAACCUCCCAUGCAAACCAAAGGCUCUUUUCAGAGCCACUUAACCAUUUCCUAAGAAGAACUGAGCACUUAAAUGCAAAAAAGUCUUUGGAAAGGCUACCUGCGGUAACCAGUUAUAAUUAGCUGGAUUAGGGCCAGAUACCUUGGUUUAGGCAAUUUACCGAAGUGUUAAUCUACCUGUAUCCGUUUAUCUCACUUCAUAUAUGAAGUACUCCAGUCGCUAGUUUUCGUUUUCCUCAACAUGUAAUAAUUUAAGGGGUUAUAAAGAGACCACUUCAUUGAAAUUCACUGUUGGCUAUUGCUUUAAACACAAGACACCUGAGCAUUUGAAAGAUGACGUUCUGAUGGUGGUUUAGGGACAAAUGUAGCAGAAUCUAAUUUUAAGAUGUCUGUUUUCCUGGUUUUAGUCAUUAAAGAAUAAAAUGCAGACCCUGAGGAUGUAGAGAUCAACCCAAACCUCUGUUAUAGCCUAAAGACUAUUUGGAGCCACUCAAUGUCUAAUCCCAUAUCGUGUAAAUGUAUCGUUUUUUCACAUUGCUGAUUUAGGAGAGCAUUUUUAAUGAACCGUCCUUUUACUUGGAUAAGCAGUUAACAGAAGGGCCACAUCCCAGGUGUAUCUAAAAUCAAGACUGCCUUUUAUUUGGGUCAGGCUGCGCGCGCUGAGCGGCCUGGGCGAGUGGCCCUGGGCCCUGCUGUUGCUCACCGUCCUCGGCCGGCCGCAAGAUCCGCUAAGACCCUCCCACGAAAUCUAAGGUCGGACUCGUGGCCACCUCGCCCACAGUGGAUCCAGCGGAGUUUUUGGUGCUGACCAAGCGUUACGGGGGGUACAGCCAGGCCGCGUGCGUCCUCACGCUGACGUUUGUGGCCGAGGUGCGGAAGUAGAGGCCGGAGUCGAGGUCCCAGCCUAGUGCAAAGCCCAGGAGGAGGCGGCCAGCACCGAGCCGAUGACCUGGAACCAGGCGGAAAGCCAGCUGCAGCAUGAAUUGCGGAUGGCAAAGCUGCAGCAGGUGAGGGGGCAGGAGCGGCGGCAGGCGGAGGAACAGGCCUGCCAGGCCGCACAGGCGCAGGCCUGGGCGCAGGUCAGUGAGCAGGAAGUGCUGCAGCUGUAGGAGUCAGUGACAAACGUCAUCGCCGGAGAAAAACUGGAGGCGUGGGUGGAAGAAGCUUUGGACUUGGGGAUGAGCUACAAUUGGCUUAUCACCAGAGAAAGGCUGAUGGUCAGGCCAUAACGCAAGGGCUCCUCUACUCCACCCCCCCACAAAAAAACAAAAAACACCGUUGCUGUGGAGCCCAACUCAUAGCGAUCCUGUAGGGCAAAUCCAUUGCCGUUGAGUCAAUUGCGACUCAUAGCGACCCUAUAGGACAGAGUAGAACCACCCCA